AUGGCUGCGGGUGUCAGUGUCCUGACUGAGAGCGGCGAGUUCACCGGUGAUAGAGAGGCCAGCGCAGAGAUGGAGACAGCUACCGCAAGAGUACCCACAGCAAAGUACACCAAGAUGGGGGAGACUCUCAGACACGUCAUCCCCGGUCACAUGCAGUGCUCCAUGGCCUGCGGGGGCAAAGCCUGUAAAUAUGAGAACCCGUCCCGCUGGAGGGACGAGGAGCAGGCCAUUAAGGGCCUGUAUUCAUCCUGGAUUACUGACAGCUUGCUUGCUAUGGCGAGGCCUUCAACUGAAAUCAUAGAGAAAUACGGCAUCAUUGAGCAGUUCAAGAGAUGCGGUUUGAAGACCGUCAUCAACCUGCAGCGACCCGGAGAACACGCCAGCUGCGGCAACCCGCUGGAGCCAGAGAGCGGCUUCACCUACCGACCCGAGACCUUCAUGCAGGCGGGGGUCUACUACUACAACUUUGGAUGGAAAGACUAUGGCGUGGCAUCUCUAACUACAAUCCUGGACAUGGUGAAGGUCAUGUCUUUUGCUGUUCAAGAAGGAAAGAUGGCGGUUCACUGCCAUGCUGGUCUUGGAAGAACCGGCGUGCUCCUGGCGUGUUACUUGGUCUUCACUGCCCGGAUGAACGCAGACCAAGCUAUCCUGUUUGUGCGAGCAAAGAGACCCAACUCCAUCCAAACCAGAGGCCAGCUGCUGUGUGUGCGGGAGUUUGCCCAGUUCCUGGUUCCUUUGCGGAGCGUCUUCUCCUGUGCAGAACCCAGAGCGAGCGCUGUCACUCUGUCCCAGUACCUCACCAGGCAGCGACAUUUACUGCACGGCUACGAAGCGCGACGGAUGAAGAAUGUGCCAAAGAUUGUGCACCUGGUGUGCAAGCUGCUCUUGGACAUAGCAGCGAACAGGCAGGUGGUGGUGGAGGAGGAGCGGCUGGAGAUCCCGGACCUCACAGCUGAGGUGGAGAAGACCGUGUCCCAGCAGGCUCUUCAGCAGCUUGGGAGGGAGAUGAGGGGAAAGGGGAUCCCUCUCCCGGCAUGUGCACUGAAUACUCUGAAUCCAUUCGCACUGCAGUCCAGAGCUGAUCAGCCUCUCGCCAGUGACAACGAACUGGACCCACUCUGGAGGCAGCAGAACCUGGAGAGCCCUCUGAGCUCCCCUCUGUGGAGCAGCCGCAGCCUCAGUGACUCAGUGCUUCAUAAACUGGGAGAAUGGCAGCAGAGUUUUGGAAAUCUGAAGAACAGCAAAGCCACCCUCAGCUACAUUAAGCGCUCCUUGUCCCACAGCAGCCUUGAAUCCUGCAGCCCCCUUGAUGUUCAACUACAAUAUGGGACCCUGGAACCCAGAGUGACAGUAGAGCAGGACUUCCUGUCAGAGAAGACCCUUCAGAAGCGACAUCAGAGUCUGAUUUUUGACCCAUCGGAGCUGAGACCCUUUCGUGACCCCACGCCGCAUGACGCACUGCCCACCAGCAAAAAGCCAGCUGGUGAUCAGGAAGAAACCAACGGACGAGUAACUACAGGGUUUCUGUCAAUCUCCGUCCAGGCUGAGCUCCCGGCGGAGAACAGACGCCUGUGGGUGGCUCAGGCUCUGGCCUUGAUCCCAACAGACCGGGACUUCUCCCCCCAGGUCCAAAUGUGGCAGACUGAGCUAAACUCCAGGGAGGGGGCCUGGGAGAGGCUGUGCACGGAGAGAGACCCCCUAGUGCUGUCCGGUCUGAUGUGGUCCUGGCUGGAACAGCUCAAGGAUCCGAUCAUCAGCACCGAGGACAUGAAGAGCCUAGCUGAGACGAGAGGGAAUCCGCAGAGCGCCCUCCACAGGCUGCAAAAGGGCCCCAGGCUCACGCUGCUCUGCGUCCUUGACUGCGCCGCUCAACUCCUGCCGCUGCCUGAAGAUCUGAAGGCUCGUCUUCUGACCCAAACUGUCAAAGUGUUCACAAAGACGGAACCGGCCUCGGGGGUGCAGUCCUCACUCACAACAGUCUUGAGCGCUCUUCUUCAUGACCUGCCUCAAAAAAGCUGCACAGCCGAGUAAAGACUCCAGAUCACUGUGACGGGUCGGGUCGGACCGGCUCCACUCUGAUAUGUGGCUCCUCCACUUCCUGAGCUCUAUGAAUCAGUGCAGGCGGCCUUCAUCCUCGGUCUGCACUGUGCUCCCAGUCAAACACUGACUUUCCUGUCUUGUAAGUGGGCUUUACUACCAUGACCAGCUGAGGAAGACUCUCCUCCAGUUUUCAUGUGAUCCUUAAACGUGUCAGAGCUGCAGAAGCGGCCGUGUGUCUUAUUUAUUCCAAUAAUUUAACCUCAGUUUACAGCUUCUCUUUGUUUUGAGUGACCGUGAGCUUCUUCAUCAGAUUCUGCUGCAAACCUGCAGCAGCUUCAUUUUCAUCUGCAAAGAGGGGCUGAGCAAUUUAGGCAACUAAUCCGAUUCUGAUUUUUUCCGCAAACAGUAAAACUAAAAUUCCCUUCUUUGGGUUUAACAAGUCAAGUGACCAAAGCAGAAAACGGCAACAUCCCAAUAUCCCGUAUAAAUCUGCCCCUUUUUAAAUGGGUCAUAAAAUGUGUUCAAACGAUCAACCAAAAAGCGAAAAACUAAUUUUACUUUUACUUUUUUGUCUUGUACAUGUUCCUAGAAAUACUAUUUGCAAGUGUCAAAAUUCAAACCUUAUUUAGUGUGCAACUUGUAUACAUCUACAUACUGCUUCAUGUACUUUAGCAAAGAUCUAACAGAUCUUUCGACAUUUUACCAAAUGUAUUUACACUUUUAACUCUUUGUUAAUGGAAAAACAUGUACCGGUAUAUUUCUGGCCUGUUGCUGUUUACAUGCAGCACAUGGUUCCUAAAUAGUAGUUUGUCAAACGCUUUAAAUGUGAUCAGUUUUUUGCUGGAGGGUGACGAGUCUUGUUCCGGAUUAGUGGAUUGUUUAAAGGAAAAUGACCAAAUGUUUUUUCAGCCAAAAAGGUGAAAAUUGAUCAAUUUUAGGACUUACGACUAAUUUUUGUCACGAAAAACCUUUGAUGCUCUCAGCUUCUCUAGACUGUUAACCAGGUCAAACUUGUCUAUUUGAACAGACCACCAACUUCCAUUUCCAGAUUUCAAGCAAACCAGGAGAUAAAUAAUGUUGCAGUUCCAAUAAAAACCACUAGAGGCAGGUUGCACACCAAAGUCAAGAUUUGAAACCACCAAAAAAUGUUUUGUGCACUUUAGUCUUGUGUGUUUUGCACUAUUUUCAAUCAUUACAGAUUGGGGGGGUUGAAGCAGAAAUUUAGAUUUUAUUAGAGCCCCACUUUGCAAAUGUUAUGGGCGUGGGUUUUUGAUUGGCAGGUUGGAUGGCGCAUAGGUGGAUCCACCAAAGCCUCAAGCUUUACUUUGUCUUGCCCAAAUACCGUUUCGGUUAUGUUGUUGAAGUGGGCGGAGUUGUCAAAGGACCGCCCCAUUUUAAGGAGUGAUGUCGACUGUGCAGAGUCUCAUAGGUGGCAGCAGAGAUGAUCGCCCAGUUAGAAAUGUCAAUGAGUGGAAUGUAGCAAUAGUUUAAAGCAACCAGGAUAAAUAUUUGCAGAAACAGAUCAACUUUUCACUGGAGCGAGCCAGAGUUAAUUGCAAAAACAGUUUUCAAUUGUGUUCAUAAUGCUCUUCAUUUUUUGCUCUCUAGAUGCACCUGGGCCUGGAGUUUAUCCAUGAAUGGAUCCAAAACAGGUCCAUAACGUGGAUAUUCCUCUUCAGCAGGCAGGCUCUUUAGCUGCUGAAGUCAGUCGAGACAACAAUAGCAUGGCUAGACUCUAUCUCUGCCCAUCACAUGUUUUUGAGUCACUUGACUAAAAUAAAAUGGCCGCCUUUUUACAGUAAUUGUUCAGCCCUUGUCUGUGGUGGUUCCUAGAAGCUCCUGAUGGUUCCGAUUCUUUCAGACCAACAAAAUACCAAGAGAGAAGCAGAAACAAGCUUUGACUAUUUUCUAAAAAAUGUGUGGAAAUGUGCCAGCGUUCACCACUGUGUGAGUCAGCAUGUGGUUCGUUUAUAUUCUUAAAUGUCACUUCCUGUGUUUCUGUGGCAGAAAACUGCUUUGUAAGUUUGUGAAAAAUGUUUAAGUAAUGAAACUUUACUAGUUAGUUACAGAAUUUCUUUCAUAACAAAAGAACAUUGGAUUGAAUGUUACAUUUCUGACAUUAUUUAUCUUGUUCAUUUAAUAUUUAUGUACUUUUUCGCACUGACCUGACUUAGCUCCUUUAUUUUCAGAUAACUUUCAAUAAAGUUUACAUUAAAAAACUA